GUCGGCCCUGCUCGCUCGUCCCGCGGCAGUGUCCGCCAGACUGCCGAGCGCGCCGGGCCUCCCGCUUCCCCGCGCCUCGCUCGGCCACGCCGCGUCCCGUGAUCGAACCAUACAAAACCUCUAGUUAACAUCCGUCGCGAGUGCAUUAUGACACUAGUGAGCUAGCGGGCCGCUGUGACGGUGUCAAAUAAUUGAUGUGUAUGUGUUCACGUGCUAGUGUGUUGUGUUAGGUUGGGCCCGUGACGAAAAACGUUCGUGGUGGCCAGCGGAGCCUUGCACCCGGGCUCGGGCCGAGCUUUCAUGGCUCAGCCUAGGUACGACGAAAGCCUCCACGGCGGAGGCUACAUGGAGGGAGGCGCGAUGUACCACGAGCACAGACUGUCCCAUCCUCACCUGCCGCCAGUGCACUAUCCUCCGCCCGCGGCGCCCGCGCACGCCCUGCCUGGAGAGCCCCUCGUCCAUAAGAGAGACAAAGACGCUAUUUACGGGCACCCCCUGUUCCCCCUACUGGCCCUCAUCUUCGAGAAAUGUGAGCUGGCGACCUGCACCCCCCGGGACCCCGGCGUGGCGGGGGGCGAUGUCUGCUCAUCAGAGUCCUUCAAUGAAGACAUUGCUGUCUUCAGCAAACAGAUACGCCAGGAGAAACCUUACUACAUAGCGGACCCAGAGGUCGACUCAUUAAUGGUGCAAGCGAUACAAGUUCUACGGUUUCAUCUAUUAGAAUUAGAAAAAGUACACGAGCUGUGUGACAACUUCUGCCACCGCUACAUCAGCUGCCUCAAGGGCAAGAUGCCGAUAGACCUGGUGAUCGACGAGCGGGAGUCAGCUCGUCCGCCCGACACCAACGGCGAGCCUCGCUCUGCUCCCGACAGCAGCCAUGACGGCGCCAGCACUCCCGAUGUCAGACCGCCAUCAUCAUCACUGUCUUACGGUGGCGCGGUGAAUGACGACGUUCGUUCUCCGGGCUCCGGAGGCACCCCUGGACCCCUCAGUCAGCCCCCGCCGCAGACCCUCGACGCGACAGAUCCAGAUGCGAUGGGCAAAUGGUGCCCAUCUCGUCGUGAAUGGUCGUCUCCUCCCGACGUGGCGCGGCGGGUCUACUCCUCAGUCUUCCUGGGCAGUCCCGGUGAGUACCCAGGAGACGCGAGCAACGCGAGUAUCGGCUCCGGGGAAGGCACGGGAGAGGAAGAUGAUGACACCAACGGCAAGAAGAACCAGAAGAAAAGAGGCAUCUUCCCCAAGGUGGCCACCAACAUCCUCAGGGCGUGGCUGUUUCAGCACUUAACGCAUCCGUACCCAUCGGAAGACCAAAAGAAACAAUUAGCACAAGAUACAGGGUUAACGAUACUACAAGUUAAUAAUUGGUUUAUCAACGCGAGACGUAGGAUAGUGCAGCCAAUGAUAGACCAGUCAAAUAGAGCAGUGUUCUAUCCUUCAGUAUUCCCGCAUGCGGGGCCGAGCGGGGCCUACAGUCCGGAGGCGACCAUGGGCUACAUGAUGGACGGGCAGCAGAUGAUGCAUAGGCCGCCCACGGACCCGGCCUUCCACCAGGGGUACGCGCACUACCCAGCCGAAUAUUACGGCCACCAUCUCUAAUGCAACCUGCAUUCUUGUACAUAUAUGAAUAACGUUGACAUCGGCCGGGCCUAGCGCCGCCCGCGCCCCGUGCCCGCUCGCGCCGCGCUCGGCACCGCCGCGCGGGCCUCGACGCCUCACCUGACUCCGGCACGUGAUAUAUACAGGAGAACGAUGCUACAUGUACAUAAAACUCUAAAAUAAAAAACGCGACAUUUUUGUAAUAUUUGAAACAGUAUACGAUCUCCUAAAAUUAAGUUUUGAAGUCAACUUUAAUGGUUAAAGUAAAAAUGUAAAUGUUAAACGCGAAGUGACAUGGACGCUGAAACAUAACGGUGCAAUCACCUAUUAUAAAUAACGGUUUUAUCACUCGGAACAAUAGGAGCAAAGUUGAUGAAUGUAACAAUAAUGUGGUUUCAUAGUUAUCGUAUAAAUAUUUAUAGCUAAUUGUGUAUUGUUAUUACGUAAAUAUAAAUAAAUAAUUGAAUAGUUGUGUAAGUUGUAACUAUCACAGUACUUGGGUCGCUGUCGACAGAGUGGUAAUAGAUAUGGGACUUUCUUUUUGUAAAGGAGUUGUAUUAAUAGGUUUUAGGUUUUUCGAAGCAACGUUUGUUUGUUACUGAGGAGCGGCGCGGACAGGCCGCGCGGACGCGCGUGCGGGCGACGCGUGCGGGCCACUGACGUCGGCGGCCGCGCCCUGUGCGCCGCUCCUUAUUAUUUUCAAAUGUAUAACUGUAAAUUGCGUUUACGUGUUGCGUCUGUUACCUACCAACUAAUUUAUUAAAUGUAAUUAUCAAGCUCAAAUUGUACAUCUAUAACGAAUGUCAAUUUCUUGAAAAUUAAUUGUCCGCGUUUAAUUUACAGAAAACAUUUUGAAUACAUAUCUUUGAAUUAUAUAUUUAUUGUAAUGAUAUUGUAUAUCGAAUAUCGUUUCUCACCUUGCCUUGGUGUUCGAUAAUGUAGCACAAUUUGUAACCGAUGUAUACGAAUCACAAAAUGAUAUUUUACAAUGUUAAAAAAAUGAGAUUUUUAGGUCUAUUUUUUGUCUUGUGGAUGAUACCUGAUAUUGAUUGCCUUCUAUGUUACCAGGAGACCAUACACUUAAAGAUAUGCAGAUUAAAAGAAUAAGUUGAAAAAGUAUAGAGGCCGUGUUCGGCGCGAGGGACGCUCGCUUAUUUAUACUUUAAUCUGCGGAUCUUUCACACAUAUAAUAUUUAUAAUUGUGUGAUUUUCAUGACUGAUGAGAAUCUGUGAGCUUCUCCUAGAUUACAAUUUACUCCGUGGUGUUAAAAUUAACUUUUUGCGUAAAUGUAAUGGAAUUCUAAAGUAUAGUGAUUGGAGUCACCACGGGACGGCUUUACUGUGAGUGUUAAUUUAUAGAAUAAACGAUGUUUGUCAUGAACGGUGAUGACGAUCACCUCAGUAGAUGAUAAACAUCAAACAAUUAGCAACUGUAAAAAAAAACUAAAAAUAAAUAUCAAACAAUGUAUACGAUGGAAUAUUACCGCUCACAGUACAGUACUAGUUUACAAUGUUUUCCAAAAAUAUUUCACGUGAACCAUUUUAUAGUAAUGCGUCGCAUUACGGCCUUAUGUCAUGUAUACGAACGGGAGAUAUAAAAUGUCAUCAUGGUCCUAGCUGCGAUAAACUUUGAUAGCAGACUAAGUUAUCCGAGAACAAGCUUUAUUCUAGCCUAAUUAAGACCACCAUAUUGUCUUUUAACUUGCAACACGACUGUAUAUGACGUAUAUAUAAAUAUAAUGUAAUAAAGCACACUAUGUUUUCUUUCCUCAUAUUCUUUCUCUUACCUGUUAGCGAAAUAAUAAGAUUUUAUUCAUUCGUUUAGAAAUACGAAUUUUAACAAUGGAAUAGUAAGGGUUUCCGAACGUCGCUCCAGUCGUGUCGCAACUUAGCGUCUCAUUUUAGAAAGAAGUUUGUUAACUUUUGUAAAUAUUAAUCAUUAAAUAUUAUACAUACGUCAUUUUUACUUUGUAUAAAUACAGUUUUUCCCCAAUGAAGUCUCAGUAUUAAAUAAAUU